GCUACCAUAUAUCUAUUCCAAUCAAAUUAUCAAGGAAGGAAAAAAGAAACAUUCUUAAUGGGGAGCACAAAAGUCGAAUCCUACUUUGUUUUCAUGAGCUAUGAUCCUGAAUACGAGAGACUUAGAACUCUUGGAACCAAGAGAGGCGCACAGGAGCUUGAUUUGUACCUUAGUACAAAACACGAUGAACUCUUAGCAAGUACUCUAGAGCCAGGAACCUACAAGAAGACAUCUUCUUUGGUCAUUGUUGAUGGUUUUGCAGUAGAAAUUACCCAGGAUCAGGCUAAUGUGCUCAGAUCUGCAAAAGGGGUGAGGGUUGUGGAGAAAAAUGAAGAGCUGUUCUAGUGGAGAAAAAUGGUUUUGCUUGAUCGAGUUCUCUCCUAUCUCUUGUUCAAAGUUUCUCAUUUCUGUAAUUUGCAACCAAGAUGUGGACAUGUUAGUGUGUAAUGUGUUAGUGAAAAUUAACUAAGGUAGAUUAUUUGUGUGCA